ACACACCUUUUCCCGUCUAGUGAGUUAGUGUGCUGUGGCAGGUCCGUAAGGACGCACACCGAUCAAGAACCGCAAUAGUAAAAGCACAAGAUCGAGAGAGAGAUAUCUGUUGCGCUAGUGACGUGGCUAUAAAAAGCAAACAAAUGUUUUAGUUCUCGUCUUCUUUGAUUCUGUAUAGUGCAGCUCAACAACAUCCCUGUAAAAUCAGCAAGAGUGUGUACCAGUGCGAUGUGACUGUAACAAUUGUCAAAGCUAAAGAUCUGAUCGUGGCAGGAAACAAGAUUGCUUGCUUCUUCUUAACGUUUGUACCCAAAAUCGUCUGCGUGUGCGUGUGUGUCCAUAAGUGCGUUUGAGUGCGUAUAGUGCGGCAUCUAAGCCGUCAGUGUGUGUGUGUUUGUGUGCGUGUGUAGAUGCGUGUCCCUCAUUCGAUAUAUUUUGUGCGGUGGAGAUUCGUAAAUGUGUGUGAUCAUCUCCCGGUUGAUGUGCGAACGCGUGUAGUUGCUGUGUAAUUUAAAGUGUCUGUUAAAAAUCCUGAGCAUCAAAAAAGAUCGCACCAGUACCUCCACUGGGCCUGUAGAACCCCGAAUCGUGGCCACUGAAGCUCAAAAUCGAACCACCGUGGCCGCUGUUCCGUUGGUUGGUGGAUGUGUCACGAGAAGUUGUUAAAAAUAAGCUUCCCAGAACGCCAUUUCGGACACACUUGCCCAUUCUCCGCAACCGGACGAUCGGGAGAGCGCAGCACACCCACACAGCGACGAAGGUCUGGGCAAGAAGAUCCACCGUAUCCUGAGUCUAACGAAACACAUCAUCUCAAUUGCUCCGUUCGAACGAGCAAAAGCCCGGUGGUAGAAAGUGAGGAGCGGAGCAGAGUGGUAACAGUAGUAGUAGUUCGUCAACAACCUGCGCUUGACCAACGUUCGUUACAUCCCCCCCCGCUAUCCUGUGUGUUUAUGUGCCAUAACAGCAGCAGUGCAGUCAUCGCAAGAACAAGAGCUGUGCGGGCACGUGCUUAGCGACCGAGUCAAGGUGUGAUCGAGAUACAGUUGCGGUGUACCGGAAUAUAAGAUCACCAACACCACCACAGCCAUGACCAGCAUAUUAACCGCGCCGGGCAAGUACCGCUCGCGGAAGGACUACAGCACCGGUUCGAUCCCAACGCUAGUAUCACUGGACGAAGAAUCUAGUCUCUCGACAACGACGACGACCUCGGUCUGCAGCGAUACCGUGCUGCUGCAGAGCCUGCGUACAGCCGGCAGUAGCAGCAUCAAUACGGCAGCCAGCAGCACCGCCAAUGGCAACAGUAGCCGAAGCAGCAGCAGCAGCAGCAGCAGUAGUAGUAAUAUGAACAUCAAGAACGGACUCGCCACAAAGCCGCCGAGGCGCAGCUCGCUCGGGCUGGCCCUGCUCGGAGGCGGAGGUUCGCGCAACUCCUCUAGUAACGCCACAGAGAAGAGCAACAAACGGCGCAGCUCUAUCGCUGUCGUCUUUCUCGGUGGUGGGCGCAAGGACUCGAAAGCGUCCUCCAGCAGCUCACCGUCGGCAGGCAACGGACAUCACCAUCAUCAUCACAACGGGCAUUCGAUCAGCACGAUCCCGGAGAAGUACAGCAAGACGGGCGAAUCGGACAUUGAGAACGACUCACCCAACACGGACACGUUCGUGAUGUUGGGCGAGGGAACGAACGGUGGAGCACUCGAGCAGCAAGACUCGUUUGGCAGCGCGACGAGCGGUCCGUCAGGAUACGACAAGAAGCGCCGGCGGUCCUCGUCCUGGCAGACGAAGCUGGAACGCCGACGUCGCAAGGGCAUGAUGGCGUCCAUCGACGGUGGUGACACGCUGCAGCAAGAUUCGGCCAGCUUUAGCAGCUUCGGUUCGGCGCACGGUCUCGAUUCGUCACCGUACGGGCCGGGUGGCAAAUAUGGGCGCGAAAAGCGUCACUCCUGGUGGAACAUCUUCGUGCCGGAUAAUCUCAAGCAAAGGACUCGUAGAGCUAGUCAGGAUGUGAUACUGUCGAAAAGCUCCGAUACACUCAGUAGCCCGCCAUACCGAAGGAGCAAAUCCAGGAGUGUCGAUCAUGGACUGGCCGCACCGUUCGAUCUAGACUCGCUGCGCUCAAAGGUUGAGGGUAGAUUCGAAAGCAUCGAUCGACUAUCAAAAGAUGGCGAAAAGAAGCGCUCGAUGCCCACGAUACCCACCAUUACGUACACAGUGAAGGACCGGGACACGCUGACAUCGGUGGCGGCCCGCUUCGAUACGACCCCGUCAGAGCUGACGCAGCUGAACCGUUUGGCCAGUUCGUUCAUCUACUCCGGGCAGCAGCUGCUCGUGCCGGACAAAAAUGCCAAAGCGAGCGCGGAUGGCGAGUCCGAUGCUAGCACGGAACGUUCCUCCAACAGUCCCACCGAUGGUCGCCGCAAGGGCUCACAGGAAGAUUUGUCCCAGGACGAAAAAGAUUUGCUGGAAGGACUUCGCCCGGGCUCGCCGAAGCCGGGCCACAUCGAGCGCGUCGCCUCACCGAACACACAGAGCGGUGGCGCCGGCGGUGGUGGCGGAGGCGGUGGUACUGCCGGCACGGCGGCCGGCGGUGCCGAUGACGACGAUCCCGUCACCAUCCAGCGCUUCCUGAAGAUUAACGUGCGGCACAUCACCGACGGGCAGGGUGUGGUGGGUGGCGUACUGCUCGUCACCCCGAACGCCGUCAUGUUCGAUCCGAACGUGUCGGACCCGCUAGUCAUCGAGCACGGGCCGGAAAGCUACGGCGUGAUUGCGCCGAUGGAGUUCAUCGUGAACGCGGCCAUAUUUAACGACAUUGCCCAUAUGCGCGUGCAGGGUGCGACCGGUGGCAACGAGACGGCGGAGAAGGCCGAAAUCUACCAUCCGGUGCCGGUGGAGAAACCGUGCUCGCGCUGCGAUACCCACUCGCCCGGCAAGGAUUCGCUGCUGGUGAAGGACGAAACGUUCCCGGAGCUGGGCGUCGGCUCGGUGGAAGGGUGCGACGAUCAGGAGUCGAUCUGCUCGAGCAACGAGCGGGACGGGGACGCAUUUCCGAAAGCGUUCGAGCGGGACCUGGUGACGCCCAACAACCUGCAGCGCCUGCACGGCGACUCGACGGAGAGCGGCGGCAGCUCGGUGGAGCCGAAAGCGUCCUCCACUGAGCCGCCCCUCUUCCUGUCGUACGAUCGUGACUCGUCCCAGUCUCACACGCCCAACUCCCUCGACCACAGUGCCGGUGCUUCGAACGAGCAGCAGCAGCAGCAGCAGAAGCAGGCAGGCGAUAAGACUGACCAAACCAAGACCAACAGUAUCUUAGAGGAUCCCACCAUGCGCUCCCUGGAGGAGCGGCGGAGAAGCCUACUCGACCAGCACUGGGCAAUUCCCAGCAAGGACAGAUCUCUGGACGACGAAGAGGCGGCAAGCACCGGCAGCGGAGCUACGGCUACAUCCUCCUCCACGGCCGGCGCCGGGUCGAUCGGCGGUGGUGCAACGGGAGGCGCCCACGGUGCCCACCACGCCCCGAUAGCGCCGAUCGCCGAGGCAGCCGGUGACGGGCAGCUGGUGAAGCAGUCGUGCCACGAUUCCGGCAUCGAUAUCCGUGACCCGGCCCACGGCUCCUCACUGACGACGGGUGCCACCGGGGGCAGUGGCAGCAGUGCGGCCAGCUCGGUCGCCAGCAUCCCCAUUGUGGCGCCGAUCGCAGCGAAAAAAGUGUACAGCGAUGCGGACAUCGUGCUGAGCGCGGACUGGGUCCCACCGCUCACGAUUGCACCGACCCACCUGCACGACAGCUCGCCACGCAGCAGCAGCUCGCUGGUGUCGUCCGCACACCAGAGCACCCUGUCCACGCUGACGUCCGAUGCCGGUGGCCGGAAGAAGACGUCCAGCGUGAGCUUCAGCGUGGACGAGCACGAUGCGCACGGUGCUACCGGUCCGGCCGGAUCCGGAUCGCUCGAUAAGGGUGGCGAAACGAAAAAGAACAAGAUGCUAAAGCGGCUCUCCUACCCACUGGCCUGGGUUGAAGGAUUGACGGGCGAAGGUGGCAGCAGCAGCCACAAGUCAGAUUCGAUUGAAUCAGCACCCAACACCGGUGACUCUAAUCAGAGCGUAUUUUCAAAAGUAUUUUCCAGCUCACCCAUCACAUUGGUUUCGGAGCUGGGCGGAAAUUUGUUUUUGUCCAAGACGCCAUCGGAAGACUCCGGGGGCUCGCCGGUUCCGCCACUGACACCGCACGAGGCGCAAACAGGGGGGUCGGUUACGGCCGGACGAUCAUCGAUCGGUACAUUCAUUCGCCAGCAUCCCUCUGAGGGUAGCGCGAACAAGCAGAAGCCGGCGCCACCGAAACUGGACUACCGUUCAAUGGUGUCCAUCGACGAUAUGCCAACACUGUUCGUCAGCUUUGAUAUGAAGGCCCCAUUGUUUCCUCAGCUUGAGAAACUUGAGCUUAUCCCACGACCGGCCCGAGCUUGUCCGGACCCACCGAUGUACCUUCGGUUGCGCAUGGGACGCAAGAUCGGCAAGAACACACCGCUGCCGACGACGGUAAUGUCCUACGGCAAAAACAAGCUGCGUCCCGAGUAUUGGUUUAGCAUUCCAAAAAAUAAGGUUGAUGAAUUGUAUCGCUUCUUGAAUGCCUGGGUGCAACACCUGUAUGGUGAGCUGGAUGAAGCUGCCAUCAAGGAACGAGGUUUUGAGCUCAUCCAGAUGGAUACCGAAUGGACGGCGAAAACUGGCAGUCCGUCGAAGGACGGUCGUUCUGCCAGUGAAGGCGAAAUCUCCGAGUAUACACGUGAAUCAUGGGAGCUGCUAAAGGCACCGUUCGUUAAAACCUACAACAUAAUCAAAAGUCAAACUGGAUCGAACGAUUUGGACGGUUGUGAGGUUCUGUCUAUGAGCACAGAUGACUACAGAAAAGCGACCCUGUUUGCGUCUGGUUCGUUCGAUCAGGACUUCCAGAUUCCGGACCUCGUCGGUCAGACCGAGAUCCUCAGCGAGGAGCACAGGGAAAAGUUGUGUGCUCAUCUACCGGCACGUGCUGAGGGAUACUCGUGGUCUCUCGUGUUCAGCACCUCACAGCACGGCUUUUCGCUGAACUCGCUCUACCGCAAGAUGCACAAGCUAGAGAGCCCCAUACUGAUCGUGAUAGAGGAUACGGAUCACAAUGUGUUUGGUGCGCUCACGUCCUGCUCGCUGCACGUGUCGGACCAUUUCUACGGCACCGGCGAAUCGCUGCUGUACAAAUUUAAUCCACACUUCAAGGUGUUCCAUUGGAGCGGCGAGAAUCUGUACUUCAUCAAGGGCAACCCGGAAAGCUUGGCGAUCGGUGCCGGAGACGGCAAAUUUGGCCUUUGGCUGGAUGGCGAUCUGAAUCAGGGGCGAUCGCAGCACUGCAGCACGUACUCGAACGAGCCGCUCGCACCGCAGGAAGAUUUCGUCAUCAAAACGCUCGAAUGCUGGGCCUUUGUUUAAAGCAACUUCAGCUCUUCAAGGAAGAUGUACCGGGGGACAAAACAUACAUUGUUCUGGUGGUAUAAGAAACCCUCUAAAACCAAGCUUCAAGCCCCCCCUCCCCGCAUAUAUGCAUCCACACACACACAUGCACACACCGUAGGUACUGUACGAUCGUCUACUACUGCUACCCCCUAUACCAGGGUGGUUAGAUCCUCAAGUAGGGAGUUGGUCGUUCGUUGGCAUGAAUGGAAUGAAAAGCUCGUUUUGAAUCGUCGCAUAGUUGGAUUGUAUUCACUACCGGGAUUUUCCCCAGAUAUCGCAAACCUCGUGGAGAGCGAUGCUAGGUCGUGUGUAUGUGUGUGUGUGCGUCGGCGUGUGACGUUUACCGAUCGGUGCAGAUCGGCGCUUGAGUGUUUGCGCCCGUACGGUGAUCAAGCGGACGACAAGCCCGUAGGCGUAGGGUGGCGGCACGGAGUGCAAACAUUCAAAUUACAAAACAAACAAAAAAACAACAACAUAGUGAUAAUGUAGCAAGAGCAGCAGAAACACGUUUACUGUAGACUGUAAGACUAAAGCGAGACAGAGACAGACGGAAAGUAAUCCCCAAUCAUUCUCUCCCAGCCCUCCCCCCCCACCAUUUCUCUCCCACGCAUAUUGCAAACAAAAAAUGAAUAAAUGUUGUUAUAGUGUAGCCUGAGCCUGGAGCAUAAUUAGUAAAAGCGAUAGAAAUGAGACUUUAGCAAGAGGGAAGAAGAAAGAUGGUGCGCGGAAGGUAUAUAGAUAUAUAUUUAAAGAAGAUAAGCAAACAAACAAAAAAAAAAACACACACAGAAACACACAGGAGAAAAGAAAAUUGUAACCAAGAAAGGAUCAAUUUGUGCGCGCAGUGAUGAUGUAAUGUCGGAAGCGUAACGGAGAAACAAGCAAGAAGUCGGAAGCCCAAAAGCGGAAUGGAUGCAGAAGCACGGAAACGCAUAACUAUUAAACUCUAUCACCAAGACCAUAGUAGUUGAAUAUCUAGACUUUAUCCCUACUUUAUCCCUUUUCGGAAAACACACACAGACCCACAACAAUCGCCUCCCCCCGAACAAAACGAAUUAUUAGGACAAAGCGUGCAAAAAUUAAUCCCAAUGGUGUGAUGCUUCUAACGUGGCAUCAUCCUACAGAUACACACACAAACACACCACACCAGUUAAUUAAGGUGCAAUAGUAGGGCACCCACCAGUAGCAGCAAGUGAAUGUUGGUUCAUAUAUCCCGGUUUAGGAUAAAAAAAAGAAGGGAAAAUUGUCUUUAGAUGGUGCUUUACUAGAAGAGUAGUGUUUGCAUGGCAGCGUACAGCUAGCGUACCGUGCUUUUCUGUCGCUGUGUGUGUUGUGUCCGGUGUUUGUUUUGCCUAGUGGUCGUGGCAACCCGUGUGUUAGAGUGGAGUGGAGCAGGAAGAGAAGGAGCCUUUGCUCUUAGCUAGCACAGCGUGAGCACAGCAUGUGCGGUGGUGGUAGUGUGGUGCAGCAGGGAAGUAGCACAAUGAUGCAGAUCCUCAAAAGCAAAAUCAAACUCUCUUGUGCACCGCACACACACCCAGGUUGUUCCUGUCGGAAGGCGCACGUGUGUGUGUGCGCAUGCUCUAACCGCCAUUUACCAUUGGGAUAUCACUCUGCUGCAUCACAUUUUCCACAUCAAGAAAUUCAUCGGUUGUUUUUGUAGAUUGUUAUACAACACACACACACACACACACACACACACACCAAAUUAAUAAGUUGGUGUGAUUUGAAUGUGCAAUUACCCCCAAUGUGCUUCUCGUUCUCUUUCGCCCACUUCCUUGCUGGAUGAAAUUUGAAACCACUGUGUUUUGAACGUUCUUGCUCUGUGUUGUUAUGCGAUUUGCUUGCAACCAAGCGUACGCUAAGAGUAACGUAGUAAAGCAAAACAAAAUUAACGAAUGAGCCUCUCUAUUGUUGAUUGAACUGUUUUUUUUUUUUGUUUUUGUUUAAGUAAACACAAGAAGAUGAAGUAACAAAAAACAGUCGACAAACGAAACCGACAGCAGCGCACACGUUUACUACAAUCCAUUGCGCCAAAGCACGAAGAAGAAAUGAACCGAACAACUUGUACUUGAAAGUCGAUCGAUCGAUUGUGGAAAAUUAUCUACCAAAGCGAACGGGCGCUCGAACACAGCUGCAAGAAGCUGCGUUCAGAGAAAGAGAGAAAAAACAAGCUAAGAGCAAAUAUUUACAAUGGAUGCGUGAAAAACUCUAGCGUAAGUCAGACGGAUUUAGUUGAUUGGGCAACUACUGUGUAUUGUAUUGCUGUUUUUUUUUCUCGUUCAUUUAAUUUCCUUUUUUAUUUAUUACUUCCGUUUUCCCCUCUUACUAUUGGUGCGGCAAUUGGGUUUUGGGCCACUGAUUGGAGCUUUCCUUUCUCUCUCCUACGAAAGAGGACUAGCGAGAAAGUUGGCAAUUUGGCGAUAGAAAACACACCCAACACAAAUCAGUAGUACAAACACACACUCACACACAUACAAAAAAAAACCGAAUCAAUUGCGGAAAGUUAUUUGUAUGGUUGCCCCAAACCAUCGCCUAAAGUGUGCAUAUAUUAUUUUGGGAGCAAAGCAAAAGGGGAAAAACAGCUUUUUCCGCUAACUUUUGAUUCCAAUCUCAAUGGGGCGAGUUGAUUGUGAAGAGCAUUGAGCAAAACCGGCGGGGAACCGCUGUAAAUGUUACUAUUUGUUAUUGAUUCGAUUCUGAUUCGGCAUUUGGCAUUCCCGCACGCUGUUCAUUCGACACUUUGUGAUAUUUACCCUUUCUCUGUUUGUUGUUUUAUCUUUUUUUCUUUUGUUUUCGUCCUGUUUUCCGACUUUUUCUUUUUCUACAAUUACAUUCUGUUGUGUUUUUUGUGUGUGUGGCAAAAUGCGUUUUCUGUCGUACUCUCCCGUACACAUCGAAACACUCUUAUUUAUUAAACACACACACACGCGCAUUCAGUUUGAUAUUACGGUUCGUUCUGUUCUUGGUAGAUGCAAGUUGCGUUGCGCUCUUCCACGAAGGUUGUUAGGACGACACAAAAACAAGUAAUAUACUGCUCCCGCACUCCAAACAUAAAUAUCCCCUUUCCCAAUCUAUCCCCUUUUUGAGCUGAUUGAUGUUUUGUGUGUAUUAUUUUACGUUUAAUAUACAUGUAUGUAGCCGUUACUCGAGUCAAACCCCCUCUACCCCCCGUCCCCCGCUACCCUUUCCAAUUGUUAAUAUUUUAACAAACUUUAUAUUAUAAGACAGUAAAAGGCGCGUCUACAACACGUUUAGUGUGUGUGACGGGACAAGAAUAAAUUCAUUCAUUUUAA